GACGCGCGCGUCUUUGGACAACCAACUCGACUUUGACGUCGAAGCAGCGCGGCCAACCCAACUGAAGCACACGACGCUCGCCUCAACCAUGGCUGUCGAAAUACAAGCAGCACCCAUCGAGAAUGGUCUCGGCUCAACAGACGAUGUCGUUAUGCAGAAUGGCACCAAGGAGAGCUCGCUCAGGUUUGCUAGUGGGCUUAUCCUCCCACCUCCGGAAAUCAAAUCUGUCAUUGACCGCACGGCUCUCUUCGUCGCUCGUUCUGCCAAUCCGCCCCAGUUCGAGGACAAAAUCCGCGAGAACCAGCGUCAGGAUCCCAAGUUCUCGUUCCUCAACCCUAUGGACCCUUAUCAUGCUUAUUACAGGCAUAGAAUGGACAGGAUAGCCGCAGGAGAAGAGGUUGAUGAGGGAGGCUCAGAGAAGGCAAAACCAGCUACCAUCGUUGAGCAGGCUCCCGUUGUGCAGGAGGAUCUUGGCCUGGAGCCGCCGCAACCACAGUUUGUCAUUGACUUGCCCAGUAUCAGUCCUGUUGACUUGGACACCAUGAAGCUGACCGCUCUUUUCACUGCCCGGAGGGGCCGUACGUUCCUUGCCACUCUUUCUCAGCGAGAGGGUCGAAAUUACCAAUUCGAUUUUCUGAGACCAAACCACUCUCUUUUCGGCUAUUUCAACCGACUUGUUGAACAGUAUACAAAAGUCCUUUACCCUUCGAAGGACCUUCUGGACGACGUCAAGGAAAGGACACGGAACGACGCGAAGUGGAAGAUUCUUGAACAUUCACGACAACAUGCGCGGUGGGAACGGUUGAAGCGGGAAAAGGACAAGAAGAGACAGGAUGAUCAGGAGGCAGAGAAGCGUGCAUUUGCAGAGAUUGAUUGGCACGACUAUGCGAUUGUCCAAACCAUUGAAUUCACGGCUGCGGACUCUAACUCUGAACUUCCACCUCCGAUGACCGUGUUGGAGAUGGAGAACAUGACGCUAGCUCAGAAGAGGAUGGCUGCCAUGGUCAUGGAGACAACAGCGGAUGACGUUGAAGCCCACCGUGCGCGUCAAGCAGCUGCUGAGGCUGAUGCUGCUGCCGCUGUUGGCGGGGCGGGCCUCAAUGGAGAGGAUGGCGGAGACACUGCCAUGGAACAGAGUGACGAUGAAGAGGAUGGAGAAGAAAGGAAGAAGAAAGAGGAAGAAGACCGAGCUAGAGAAAUUGAGCGUGCGCGGGCCAUUCAGGCCAGUGCGAGCGCCGCAGGACCAAUGAAGAUCAGGGCAGACUAUGUACCUAAAUUGGGCGCCAAAAAGGGCGUGGCUCACACUACCUGUACCAUUUGCGGUCAACAAAUCCCUGUUGAUGAGCUGGAUGAACAUAUGCGUAUCGAACUUCUUGAUCCUAAGUGGAAGUCGCAGCGUGACGCUCUGGAAGCGCGCCGGGUUCAGGCUUCGGAGUUGCUUCGUGGCGCGGAUGUCGUUUCGUCACUCAAAAACCUUGCCCGUACUCGUGUUGAUAUCUUCGGUGCGGAAGCGGACGAGGAGCGGAGGAAGAAAGAAGAAGAGGAAGAAAGGAAUCGGCGCAGAGAACGUGAGAAGGUUGUCUGGGAUGGGCACACUGCCAGCAAAGUCUCGACAAUGGACAAGUACUCGACGAAUGUCAACUUUGAUGAACAAAUUGCUGCCAUCCACAGGUCGAAGGGUUUGGGACCGCAAGAAAUCAAUGCAAUUGGGCCUGGCAUAGGACCAGCUUCAGCACCACCGCCGGCGGUCAACAGCCUCCCCCCGGCGCCAUCAUCUCUACCAGCACCACCGCAAGGUGCUGGAGCCUCGAAUCCCGCUUACUCUGCCGCCACCGUAUCAUCUGGGCCUCAACCAGCCUCUGCCUACCCCCCACAGCAGCCCCCUGUUAUGCUCCCUCCUCUUCACUAUCAAGGUCUAGAUGCUGCUCAGCCUUUCGGCUACCAGCCUCCCCCUGCUGGCCUGGCACAGCGUCCGCCAGGGCCACCCGCAGCUGCCUCGCCUGCGCAAACAGGUACAGUGCGCAGUGCCGAGGAAAUGGACGAUGGCCAAGAACAGCCGGCCCCUAAACGGCAAAAAAUCGCCAAGUUGCCUGGCGGUGCGGUCUACCCAGAAGCAGACUGGAUCGCGAUGCAUCCCUAUACGAUCUCGCUACACGUCCAACUCCCCAGCGAUCCGUCUAAGCCCGAGUGGAAAUUGGACGGGAAGGUUGUGACCGUAUCCGACUUGCCGCUCAACCUGCUCGUAUCGACUCUGCGGGAACGGAUUACGCAGGCCAGUGGUAGCCAAAUGCCUGUAUCCAGGAUCCGACUGUCGUACGCUGGGAAGAUGCUGACGAACUCGAGCACCAUCGCUAAUUACAACCUGGAAGAUGAUGAUCAGCUGGUGUUGAGUUUGACUGCGUCGCGCAGAUGAGGUGAUAACACUCGUAUGCAUUUUAGCGCAGGUAGUUUUUCUUUUGUUCUAUAUUAUAUACAAACAGCUUCAGUAUAUUCCAUGUAAGGACACUAUAUUGAAAUGCGUGAUAAUGACGGUUUGAACGCG